AUGAAUGUUACAGUAACGUCUAUUCUUAUCCUGCCCUCUGUAAACAGAGAAGCCUCCUCAGUUGUCCCACUUGUCUUUGCUGCUGCAGCUGCCGCCUUCCUUGUUGGAGCACUUAUUGUUCUGGCCGUAAGAACCACCGUACUAACGUGGAUUAUGGUGCUUGUACUGCUAUCAUUCGCCGGAAAACGCCGCCGAGGUGUUGUAAAGGAUGGCAACAAGAUCACGUCGGAGGUGGUAAUAUAUGCGGCUAACAUUAUGGUUAAACAAAGAGGGGUGUAUGCUUUCACUGGUGCUAUGAUUUUGGGCUUCACUUCUAUGGCAUUGUUAAUAAGAUGA